GGUACAUCUGCAGAACAAGAUGAUAGGUUUCAAGAUAAAAACAAAAAACUUUUAAAGACUAUGAAGUUUCCUUCGAUUUAUAAAAACAAAGUAGAUCUUUCAAAAGUGCAUUUACCAUCUUUAAAAAAAUGGAUAACCAAAGAAGUUGAAGAAAAUUUAGGUUAUGACGAAAUAACAUCAGAUUAUAUUUAUAAUUUAUUAGCUGAAUCAAAUACACCAAACCCAAAAGAAAUUCAAAUUAGUAUAACAGGAUUUUUAGAACAAGAAACCCCACCAUUUAUGGAAAAACUUUGGAAACUUUUAUUAUCAGCCCAAAAUGCAAUCGGUGGUAUACCUGAAGAACUUUUAAAAGAUGCUCAAAUAGCAUCACUUAAAUCCAAAGAAGAGGAAGAAAGG